GAGUCACGACUGUAGGUGCGGCGAGGAGCAGGAGCAGCUAUUCGUGGAGGUUGAGGAAAAAAUUCGCAUAUAACAACUCAAAACAUCUGUUCGGCAGUGAGGGAGACCGGUCGCACGGAUCCGAGAAGCGUUUUUUGUCAGCUAAGUACUCGUCCGGUUCACGCUCAGGCGACGAAUUUGUCAGUAUCGCAUUUAGAAAUUUGUAUUUACAUAAUCAGCUUUCCCCGGUAUUCGCGGCGGGGAGCAGCCGGUCCUGUCGCCGUGUGUUGUGUCGUUAGCAACAGCCGAUUGGCUCACUCUGCAGACAGGUAUUAACCAGUUAUUACGAUAAAUAUUGUGUUUGAAGCGCGGGCCUGGACAACGGUAUCAGUACAUGUGUGUGUUUUUACAUGCAUUUUUCAUCAUUCAGAAAAACAAGUUAUACAACAAGGCUGCUGCGCGCUGAAGAUCCAGGUCCUAAAGCCCGCCGCGUUAGCCGACACACUGCCGGAGAAGCGCGCGCUGUCUCGUGUCCCAAUGGUUCAGCAGUCGAGCGUUUCUGAAUUUUUCGACACGAUGGAAAAAGUUCUGUUAGAGCAAGGUUAACGGGACCGGAACCAAAACACAGCACACAGAGACUUUUAUUCACACACUUGGACCCCCCACUGGACUUCCCCCAUCCUUUUUUUUCUCCUUUUCUUUGGUUUCAUUAGGAUAAACUGUGGGAAUAAACGAGGAGCGAGCACCAAAGAAAGACUGCUGAUAUAAUUCAAAAAGUUAAAAAGGGCUCGUCCAGUUGAGUAAUGGUCAUUAAUACGAUCCACUGGUUCAGGAAGGGCUUGCGGCUCCACGACAACCCGUCGCUCAAGGAAUCUCUGCUGGGAGCAGACACCGUCCGCUGCGUUUACAUCCUCGACCCCUGGUUCGCAGGAUCGUCCAACGUUGGGAUCAACAGGUGGAGGUUCUUACUGCAGAGUCUCGAGGACUUGGACUCCAGCCUCCGCAAGCUCAACUCCCGUCUGUUUGUGAUACGAGGCCAACCCACUGAUGUCUUUCCCAGACUUUUCAAGGAAUGGAAGAUUAAUCGUCUGUCUUAUGAGUACGACUCUGAGCCUUUCGGGAAAGAGCGAGAUGCAGCUAUUAAGAAGUUGGCCUCUGAGGCUGGAGUGGAGGUGACAGUUCGCAUCUCCCACACACUCUAUGACCUGGACAAGAUCAUAGAGUUGAAUGGGGGCCAGUCUCCCCUCACCUACAAGCGGUUCCAGACUCUCAUCAGUCGUAUGGAUGCAGUGGAGGUUCCUGCAGAGUCCAUCACAGCUGAAGUCAUGGGGAAAUGCACUACGCCGCUGUCUGAGGACCACGAUGACAAGUUUGGGGUUCCCUCCCUGGAGGAACUGGGUUUUGAUACUGAAGGUCUGUCCUCAGCUGUGUGGCCAGGGGGAGAGACUGAAGCCCUCACACGACUAGAGCGGCAUUUGGAGAGAAAGGCGUGGGUGGCCAACUUUGAGCGUCCAAGAAUGAACGCCAACUCGCUGCUCGCCAGCCCGACAGGCCUCAGCCCAUACCUGCGCUUCGGCUGCCUCUCCUGUCGCCUCUUCUACUUCAAGCUCACUGACCUCUACAGGAAGGUGAAGAAGAACAGUUCCCCUCCUCUCUCGCUCUACGGUCAGCUGCUUUGGCGCGAGUUCUUCUACACGGCAGCCACCAACAACCCCUGCUUUGACAAGAUGGAGAGCAACCCCAUCUGCGUCCAAAUCCCCUGGGACCGCAACCCCGAGGCGCUGGCCAAGUGGGCGGAGGGCCGGACCGGCUUCCCCUGGAUCGACGCCAUCAUGACCCAGCUGAGGCAGGAAGGCUGGAUCCACCACCUGGCCCGGCACGCCGUCGCCUGUUUCCUGACCAGAGGAGACCUGUGGAUCAGCUGGGAGGAGGGCAUGAAGGUGUUUGAGGAGCUGCUGCUGGAUGCAGACUGGAGUGUGAAUGCAGGCAGCUGGAUGUGGCUCUCCUGCAGCUCUUUCUUCCAGCAGUUCUUCCACUGCUACUGCCCCGUUGGUUUUGGCAGACGCACAGACCCCAAUGGAGAUUACAUCCGGCGCUACCUGCCCAUUCUGAGGGGAUUUCCAGCCAAGUAUAUUUAUGAUCCCUGGAACGCUCCAGAGGUUGUGCAGAAGGCAGCAAAAUGUAUCAUCGGGAUGCAUUAUCCAAAGCCCAUGGUGCACCACGCAGAGUCCAGCCGCCUCAACAUCGAGCGGAUGAAACAGAUCUACCAGCAGCUCUCCUGUUACAGGGGCCUCGGCCUUUUGGCAACAGUUCCGUCCAACUCUAAUGGUAACGGUAACAGCGAGACGCCCUCAGAUGUGAUGGGAUUCCCUGUUGAGGCUUCACACGAUGCUGCACCUCCAUCAGUCUAUCAGAUGCCGGUUCACUCCCAGGGAGACUGGCAAAGUGGUGUCAUGAUGUACCUGCAAGGGGAUCCACAAUCCAGCAUCGGGACGCACCAGCAGGGUUACACAGCCAGUAACAGCAUGAUGUGUUACACUCAAGGCACCCAGCAGAUUCCUGGUGCUGCAAUUCAGAAAGGGCCCGACCACCAUCCCAGCACUCAGACCAGUGGCAAACGGCACAGCGAGGACUCUGGGAACGGAAAAGGCUCCAAAGUCCAGAGACAGAGCAAUCACUAAAGAGGUGUUUCUGCAGACUCGCCGAAAGUCAUAUCGUGUACACAACCAAAACAAAACGGACGCUAAGACUUAAAAAAUCUUGUUACAGCACUACAACGUUGCAUGAACACACCUUCAGGACGAGCAUCCCAACCUGUCAUUAAAUACAUUCACACGUUUCUCAACUAAUCGGACUGUAUAUUAUCGUGUGGACUACACGGCCCAGCCAGUGCUGACAGCGCUGAGAGGCUGUUACACUGUGCUUAUGUUUGGGUUAAUAUUUGCUGGGGACAAAAAGCCCUUGUGUAUAUAAUGAAAUUUGCUAAUUGCAGCUCACAUACAACUUGUACAUAUUUGGAUAUUGUAUGUGUGUUUUCUCUCUUUGUGUAGCCAUAGACUCAUUGAUAUAUUUUUGAUAUGAGAAAUCAUUGUGGAUGGAUCGUUCUUUUGGAAAAAUUUUCAAUAAAACAAAAGCAUUUAUAGACCGUCCGUUCUAAAACAAAAAAAAAAAAUCAAAAUGGGGAAAAAAGCUUGUAUCUGCUAAUACAGCCGCCUGCACUCUCAUGUAUUCCCGAGAUUCUCUUCAUCGAGCCAUCCGGUGUAUAUAUCAACUUAAGUGUUCUGAUCAUUUCCAUCCUCUAUCUCAGUACUAGUGGACUUGUUUCAUUCCUUACCACUAUAGAUGCAAUAUCAUUAUGACAUUAACUAUCAUCUUAUUGCCCUUGUCGAUGGUUGUUGAAAAAAAGGUGAGAGGAAAACUGAGUCUUCAUGUCAUGGUGCCCCCUUCUUCCCCCGACUUGUAUAACCCCAAAUAAAUGUACCACUGGAGAGAACUGCUUCACUUGCUUCUUGUUCCUUCUCAAUGUGCUUGUUUAAUUAAAACUGGGUUAAAUAUACAAA